ACUGAUCUUUCAUGAUCGAUAUUUCUAUCCGGAAUAUUGUCGUGUGACACAUGACAACAACAAUACGGAAGAAGCACGAAUCAGCUGACACAACUCGCGUACAGCUGCAUUGUUUUGUUAUCAGUUUCUGACUACUUGCAAUAUGGAGGACCAGGAGCUGCAACUGAAAGUUAGACGAGUUAGUGACAAAUUCACGGAGAGCAUGUACGUGCUGGCUAACGAGCCGUCAGUGGCUCUCUACAGACUGCAGGAACACGUCAGAAGGUCCCUGCCUGAACUGGUGCAACACAAGACCGACAUGCAAAGCUGGGAGGAGCAGAGUCAAGGAGCCAUAUACAGUGUAGAGUAUGCAUGCAGUGCCGUGAAGAGCAUGACGAACAGCAGCUUGUAUUUCAAAAACAUUGACGGCCUCCUCCGUCAAGCCAUCAGCAUGAAGGAACAGAUUAGCAACUCUCAAGGACGCAGCUUACAUGAUGUGACCCCCUCUCGCAGUCCCCUAGUCUCCGCUCCACAUGCCCCAUCCACUUCCUCAUGACCUCUAGACUGAGGUGUCCAAGGAAAAGGACUGUGGACUCUGGCAUGCUGAAGGAAGGAGGAGAGAAGCACAGCUCUGGGAUGUGACGUGACUUCCUGAGUCGGUGGUGUUGCUUCUACAGUCCCUUGCUCUACUACCUCUUGAUUGAGGUUGAAGUAGGGUCAUAAGGGCGACACCUCCUCAUCACAAUGGAGUGACUGCCUCCAGUGAGCCCCCGUACAAGCCGCUCAGUGGAACAGAGCACCACAGCGCUGCCAUGUUCAGCAUUAAAAACACUUAAGUCAUGGACACUGCUCAAAGAAUGCAUUGUUCUCGUCCACUCGCUGGACGGACCACAGAGAAAGCAGCCGUGCUGGUUUUGUCUCUGCUGUUAAAUAACCACUGCACCGCCAAUGUCUUGCACACUAGUUUUCAAAUCUUUGUAAAUUUGUAAAGACUAAAAAGCACCCUGCAUGUGAAUUAUAAAAGCUUAACACACUUGCACAAGGAAAAUCAGCAAGAAGGCAAUAACAGGUGCCCAGUUCUAAACUUUAUUUGAGGAUUAAAUAUAUUGCAUGUAUAUAAUAUAAUCUUGUUUUUCACUCUUUAGUUUCUUACCUGCCAAGUAGACAGAAACCCCCAGGCAGAACAGUCCUAUAGCCACGUGUCGUACAGCUCUGCUAUCCAACAGGAACCAGUCGGCUCUGUGGAAACAAAUAUGUUCAAUGUUGAGGCUCAGACAUGUUUACACUUCAACUUUGUUUACACUUUUAAAAUUGCUACUUUGAUUUUCUCAUCCGUGCAUAAAUAAAGACAAUUUUAAGCAACAA